UCUACAGUGGUUGCACAGGUGGCGCUUUAUUCGUCAACGCAACGAAGUUGACGUCUCCUGUGGCGACGGGAGCGGCGCAAGAUGACCACGACAAGGGAUGGUAUGCCCCAGCCUCUACUUCAGAGCCCGAAAUACACGACGAGAUGAACCGCUACACGUACACUGGCAGCGGCAACAUGGCUCAAGGUCAAGACAGGCGAAGUCACCGACAGCUUCAGCUGGGCAGAUUGCUGGUUCCCGUACAACCGGCCGGCAGGGGCAGUAGAAGUGGCACUACAACAUCAUCAGAUCCAGAUCGUUGGCCGAUUUGCGAGCGAGUGAGCAGGUGUGCUCUAUGCACCACCGCAACGAUGUCUAUCGUGUGUCUGGUCGGGCUUGCCGGCACGGGACCGGAGGGUCAAGGAAGUUUUUUUGGUUUUGGAGGACCCCUACUGCCUAGAUCCCCGCUUGCACGCGCUUUGGAUCACCCAUUCGUGAAAACCGACGAGAAAAGUGGCAACGUGUACAAAAGUGCAAUCAGACAGUUUGGGUAUUUGGGAAGUGCACAAGACAACUGUGGAACGAGGACCACAAGCGGAAGAGAAGUAGAAGACGCUCUUGACGAGGGGCAUGUGGACCUAUAUUCGCACCACGUGGUGGAUCAUUUUGCGAGAGACGCAGUCAGCAGACCCUACACGACGAACAUGGAAGAUGACUCCUCGACGCUGUCAAUAGCACCACCGUUGUCAACAACUGGCAUCUCUUCAUGCUCCUUUCCUCGCGUGCCCAUCGGAGUGGCAGCCGAGGUUGAGACACAUUUUUGUGGCGGCCAUUGCUACCCGAAGAAGUUCGCGAACGACAAUGGCCCGUUUUACUCUAAUGACUACGAGGUACCGGCGCUCCCUUACUGGUACGACUUGCGAAGCGGCAGGCUAGUGGAAUUUCCAGAGAGGACUGCGGAGGCACGGAAAACGUUUCUGGGGGCCCGGGCAGCGGAAGCCGUGCAGCCGCUUUUGGCGUCUUCACGACGGGCAGGCGGAGCCUCUACCAGCACACCUACGCGCGGUCUCGCCGGACUGCAAAUGGCUGCCUACUAUCCGAAGGAUUUUUUCUAUAGGUUCUGGCAAGCUGUCUUUCCGAAAGCCAACAUCCUGCGGUUUUUCCGAUCCGUCGUUCAAAACGAUUUGCGGUUAGAGCAGCUACAGCAGAAAAGUCAGACCACAGCAACAGCUGGCCCCGUAACGCAGAACCCCUUUCGCACCCUUUUGCG